AUGCGCCUCGAUGUGCACUCACCGUUUUUAGCUCCUUCUCCGCCUCCAACCGCCGUCGCCGACACCGGUGGAGGAAAAAUGGUACCGGUCGUGUUCAUGGCUCUACUCCUCCCUUGCGUCGGCGUUUGCUUACUCUUCCUCAUCUAUUUAUUACUCUUGUGGUGCUCCACACGUCGUCGAAUGGAGCGUCUCCGAUCUGCCGAACAGGUUAAGUCGGUCAAAGGUAAAGGUCUCUCUAAGUCCGAGCUAGAGAAACUCCCUAAACUCACCGGAGAAGAACUUGCCGUGGUUGGGAGGACGACGGAGUGUCCAGUCUGCCUUGAAGAAAUCGAAAGUGGUCAACCGGCUCGUUUGGUUCCCGGUUGCAACCACGGGUUUCACCAGCUGUGUGCUGACACGUGGCUUUCCGACCACACGGUUUGUCCGGUUUGCCGUACCGAACUUGCUCCGAAGCUUCCUCCUCAGUGUAGUGAAGAUCAUAGUCCAUGUUGA